GGACGUCGUUGAUCACGACCUCGCCUUGGCCAUCACUUCGCACCUCGAACUUAUCGAGCAACAAACCUCACCAGCCCCGCCACCGCUGCCUGCUUUGACACGGCGCAUCCCGUCGUAUCCUAUCGUAUAUGGCGACGAUUGCCAUGAUACACCUCGAACCUGCCACCCUUUAGGUUGCUACAAUAUGGCGGCUAUCAUGGCCACGCCCGCGCGCCAGGACGGGGAGCUUUCCCCCCGCCAGCAUGCGCCGGCAUCCAUGGAGGAUGCUAUCAACUCGCUCGGCUCCAUGAAGGACGGGCUGGGUCCCCUUGGAAUGAAUUCCCUCGACUUGCGCGCCGACCCCGAUGCGCAGGCCACCAUCACCGACUUCCUCGACUUUACCGAGUACCUCCCGGCCGACAUGACGCGCUCGUUGACCUUGAUCGGCAAGCUCGACCAGACCUAUAUCGACGCGUCCAAUAUCGUGCACAACCUGACGAAGAGCUGGGGCGAGCUCCCAAACACCCCCGCCGACGAGCGCCCACACCCGGUCCAGCUGAGGGCCGAGAUAUCCAAGAACCUCGGGCAUGUUAUGAGCUCGCGUACUUAUGCCCAUGCCGAGGCCGCGCGCAUGGCCGAGAAUGCCACCCGCCACUACAAUCGCGCCAAAAUCAUCGUCGCAAAACUGCAGACGAUGCUUGAGAACUACCCUACCGCAGAGGAGCAACAGAAGAGCCCCGUGCUGGCAGCCAAGACCGCGCAGGCCUCUCGUGCGAACAAGAUGGGUGUACGUCUCGACGGCCGCAAGGGGCGCAGCGGGCGUUCUGUGCCUCGCAUCACCGUCCCAGGAGAGGUCCUACCGCCAUACGACCUCGAUUUUGCAGCGUAUGGCACGGACGAGGAGAGCAGCUCCGAGGACGAGGACGAUGAGGAUGACGAGGAUGACGACGAGGCCACGGCUGCACCGUCGGCUCUGGCUUCUCAGCCGCGCGCCAAGGCCGUCAAGAACCCCAAGCCCCCAAAGACACCCAAGCCGCCCAAGGGCUCUGUCGCUGCGCAAGGCGUGUCGAGGCCGACCCAACCAGUCCCGCCAAUGUCAAGCCUGAAGCCACCACCAGAAAACGCUGUGGUUGGCAGCGCAGAUGCCCCGUGGCUUCAGCUUACCGCAUGGGAGCUCGCUAGACUCAGGAAACGUAUGAAGAAGAAUGCGCAGUGGAGUCCUAGCGACACAAUGAUAGCACGGGAGCUGAAGGCCCUCGGUCGGGGGCCCGAAGCAUACAACAAGGCGAAGCAGCUAGCGGAGGAGCAGGGAAAGCCCUUUGAGGCCACAAUCCCAGCAUCGAUACCUGGUGCCGACGGAGUCGAGCAUCCACCAAUGGGUGCGCUCAGCCUGGAUGCGGCGCUGGCCGCCGAGGACAAACAAUCAAACAACCGCGGCCUGAAGCUAAACGUAGCCAAGAAGCUCAAGAAAGAGAAUCUCGCCAAACUCGCCGCGGAGCUGGCGGAGGAGUCCGCGCGGAAGAUGGAGCAGGAAGUGAAUGCUUUGCUGUUUCCCACGCCUCAGAAGCAGCCGGAGAAGCCGGGCCCGGAACCUGCAAGUAGCAGAAAUCCACGCAAGUACGGCGGCCGCAAACGGAAGCGCGAUUCAGUAGCGGAGCCGGAGGAUGAGAAGCCUGGCAGCGGCGGUGGCGGCGGCGGCGGCGGUCCUGCGCCUGGCCCUGCGGAAACCCCGUUGCAGAAGCGCACCAAGACCGAAACCCCCGUUCCUCUUCCGCAGCAGGCCCCCAGCCUUGCUAGUGCAUCACAAGAAAGCCAACUACAGCCACCGCCCGUGCCCAACCCACAGUCCACCAGCCCGAUCCCCAUCCCUGUCUUGGCGCAGGAACAGCUUUCUGUGACUUCAGCACAGACGUUGUCAAACUCACCACCGGCUUCGGCAGUGACUGUCACCACUAUCGUGCCAGUUAAGCCCCCCGCAGACUUGGUGGUGCCGCCCCAGUCUCCCAAGAAGUCUACCACGCCCAUCUUGCCGCCAGUCAGAGAAACGCGUAAGAGCAGCCAAGCGGUCAAGAAAGAGCAGGAGCAGGAGCAACAGCAACCACAGCAGCAGCAACCACAGCAGCAGCAGCAGCAGCAGCAACAACAGCUUCAGCUGCAGCAAAAAGAAAUCAUGCUGCCCGUAGUGGUUGCGGCCUCCAGCAAGCCUGCCGGGUCGAGUUCUAGGGCAGGCACGCCGAGCGCCCUGGGAAGCAGCCGGCCUAGCUCACGAGAGAAGGCUGGAAGCUCGGAGCCCCCACAGUCUCUGGCCUCGGACCGGCCACGACGAACUAGUACCGCGCGUAACACGCCAGCGCCUGAACAGCGGCAGCACGGGAAACCGCAACGGCCUAAGCGCCCGGCACCCGGAGUCAUCAGCCGGACUAUUUCGGGCGGCAGCAGCGCGGUGGGGAAACGCAAGGCGCCCACAAAGAAGAAGUCGACGCGAGUAGCUUCCUUGUCUCAUAUCAGGAAGUGCGGAGGCGAUGCCGAAGGUGGUGAAGUUGAGGUGGACGAUGAAGGCAACGCGAUCGACCCUGAAGAGGAGAGGUAUUGUCUCUGCAACAGAGUCAGUUUUGGCACGAUGAUUCAAUGUGAGAACGUAGAGAACUGCAAACACGAGUGGUUCCAUUUGGAGUGUGUGGAUAUGGACAUCCUCCCGGCUAGGACGACCAAGUGGUACUGUCCAGCCUGCAGAAAGCUGCUCAAUAUCGGAGAGAAGGGUGAAGUCAGUGCCCGUGGCGUUAGAGCAUGAUGGCUCCCUCAAUAACAAUUCGAUGCGCUCCAGGGCUUUAUGCCGGCAGACCCGAUAUAAUCAUCGGGCAGGAUAGUCUGCACCCAGCCAGCCUACUACCUGCGUUCUGUCGUUGGGCAAGCUAUGUGCUUUCUUCUUAUGUCUUUUUUUUAUUAUCUCUUAUCAUUUUCUAGGGCGAGUUGCAAAAGUUCAAUGAUGUGCCAAUACGUUUAGCCAAGGAUGGGAUGGUUUCUCGGGAUGUUACUUUUAUCCUCUUUUUCUUCAUGUUCUCCUUGUUUUUGCCAGUCUACAAAGUUCAAAGACGGCCUUGUAGCACUGGCGAACCUUUAGAUUAAUCUGAAGUCCAACUUUCCGUGCGAUA